AUGGCUGUACUGACGUGCCUGUUUCCAAACUACUCUCUCUUUCCGUCCCUCUCUUUUUGCUCAGACAAGAGUGAGAAUGGCGAGGCAUAUCAGAGGAAGAAGGCAGUGACCACCGACCUUCCAGAGGGCCCAGCUGCCCCCGUGCCGUCUCAGGGGAACCCGGUGCUGCCCGGCGGCAGCAGCUGGAGGAGGAUUAUGCUGCUCAUCUUGGCCAUCACCAUACACAACAUCCCAGAGGGUCUUGCUGUUGGCGUUGGAUUUGGGGCUGUAGAAAAGACGGCAUCUGCUACCUUUGAGAGCGCCAGGAAUUUAGCCAUUGGAAUUGGGAUCCAGAAUUUCCCGGAGGGCCUCGCUGUCAGCCUCCCGCUGCGAGGGGCUGGAUUCUCCACCUGGAGAGCCUUCUGGUACGGGCAGCUCAGCGGCAUGGUGGAGCCUCUGGCCGGGGUCUUUGGUGCCUUUGCCGUGGUGCUGGCGGAACCCAUCCUGCCCUAUGCUCUGGCCUUUGCUGCCGGCGCCAUGGUCUAUGUGAUCAUGGAUGACAUCAUCCCCGAAGCCCACAUGAGUGGUAACGGGAAACUGGCGUCCUGGGCCUCCAUCCUGGGUUUUGUGGUGAUGAUGUCGUUGGAUGUUGGUCUGGGCUAGUUGCUGAAGUGCCUCGGACCCCGGGAAAGGCAGCACGAGGAAACGGCCGCGAUUGGCUUCUUCAGGACCACAGCCUCUUUCUUCACAUCCAAACGUUUUUCCUUUCUCUCCUUUUUGUCUCAUUACCCUGAUUGACUCUGAUCAUGACAAUUUUUAGUUUUC